UUUUUCAGAAAAUAAAUUUGAAUAAAUGUAAUUCCGCUUAAUUUUUUAUUAUAACAUAAAAAACUUAUUUUAUACAAUUUACAUUUUAUUCAUUUUGCAUCUAAAGAAGAAUGAUUGGCGUUGAUGAGAUCCUUAAAAAGCGUAAGCUAUUACAGUUAUUGAAUACUAUUUAUCAAUAAGUAACAAUUAUAUUCUUUAGGGUUUUUGGAACUAAUUAAAUCUGUUAAUCCUACUGGAAGAUGGAAAUUAGUUGUUGUGGAUAGUCUUUCUUCUAAAAUACUGAAUUCAGCUUGUAAAAUGUAUGAUAUUCUCGAGGAAAAUGUCACCUUGGUGGAAAAUAUCGAAAAACCAAGACAACCGUAUCCAAGCUAUGAAGCUAUUUAUAUUUUAACACCUUGUAUUGAAUCAUGUUCACGGCUUGUAGAUGAUUUUUCCCGCAAAGAAGGAAAAAUGUAUGCAGCUGCGCAUGUUCAUUUUAUUAAUGCAUUGGAAAAUAAUACAUUUAAUGAAUUUACUCGACUUUUGAAUGCAGCAAAUGCAGCAAAUGAUAUACGAAGUUUAAAAGAAAUGUAUGUUGAUUUCUUAGUUCGAGAAAAUUGUGUCUAUACUUUAGAUGAUCAAAGGAAAUUCCUUGGAUUAUUCGGUUCUUAUGAAACAAGUCCUUCUACUAUUGAAAUGCAACUAGAUGAUAUUGCUAGACAGCUUUUAUGUGUAUGUGUCACUCUUGGAGAAAAUCCAUUAAUUCGAUAUCAUCGACCUUUAGAUAUCAAAGAUACCAUCAAUCGACGUAUUCCUGAACAGUUAGCAAAAUUGAUUCAAUCUGAAUUGGAUAAUUUUUGUACAACAAAUCCAGAAUUCCCACCCCCCAGAGAUCCACCACUUCCAAGUGGUACACUUAUUAUCCUUGACCGUACCAUUGAUCCUAUUUCUCCCUUUUUACAUGAAUUUACUUACCAAGCUAUGCUUGCUGACCUUCUUCCGGUUGAAGAAAUAUCGAAUGGUCUUAAGUAUGAGUAUAAAUACACUCAAGAAGAUGGCACAACACAAAAUCAAGAAGUUACUUUAAUCGAGACUGACCCAGUUUAUACAAGUAUUCGCCACAUGCACAUUGCAAAUACUACUGAAAAACUUAUUAGUGACUUUAAUGCAUUUUUAAAUGAAAAUAAAAUCUCAACUUCAGGAUCAACAACAGUUGCAACUUUAAAUGAUAUGAAAACUAUGAUUUCUAAUUUACCUCAAUAUCAAGAAAUGAAAAGUCGAUUUUCAGCUCAUAUGAAUAUUGCUAAUGAAUGUAUGCAGGAAUUUAAAGAUCAAAAUCUUGAGGAGAUUGGAUUAAUCGAACAAGAUAUGGCUUGUGGUGAGACACCUGAAGGAGAUAAACCAAAAAAUCUAGUUGAAGCCUUGACGCCUAUCCUGGAUGAUCCUCUUACAAGUCAAAUGAUUAAGGCAAGAUUGAUUUUAUUAUGGAUAGUAAGCUCAGAUAGUGUAGAUCCUGAAGAUUUGGAGACCUUAUUGGCGGUUGCACGUCUCGAACAAGAAUACAAGGAUGCGAUUGAAAACAUAAAGCUACUGGGUGUACAACUAUCUAAAUCAGCAAACCGAUUAGGUAAAAAGAUGAAAAAGCAAGAACGCACAACAAAGAAGAAACAAGAGGAUGAUGUACCAUUUGAUUUAUCUCGUUAUGUUCCUGUUGUAAAACGUAUUGUAGAAGGGCAUAUUGAUGGUACAAUUGAUCAGAGCUUGUUUCCUAAUAAUAUUCGUAAUGUUAAACAAAACAAUACACGUAAGAAUACUUCUGAAGCACAUAAAGAAGCCCCUAAAUUAAGAGUUUAUAAAACUCAAUGGCAUAAAAAAUCAACAGGAGCUAAUGCUGCACCCAAACCACCUUCAGGUCCACCUGUUAUUAUUUUUAUUGUAGGUGGUAUGACUUACUCAGAAAUUAGGUCUGCUUAUGAAAUAGCUGAAACAUAUGAUCGUGAAAUUUAUAUUGGAUCAACACAUAUAAUUACACCUGAUAAAUUCGUAAAGGAUCUUUGUCAAUUAGAUAAACGAUUGUCACCAUCUAAUAGUGUUGUCCCUGCUUAUACAGGUUCUGUUCAUAAAAAAAGUACUACGUCUGCUACUCAAUCAUCUAUUACUUCAAAAAAUAGCAAUAAAAAGACAGCACUUCCUCCUCGUACUGCAUCUUCCAUUUCAAACAGUAAUGUAUCCAGUAAAUCUGGACAUCAUAAAUUAUUAGGAAAAUGGUAACAUAUAUAAAUAAAUAAAUAUGAUAGUUUAUAUAUAUAAAUAUAUGACAUAAAAGGUAUAUUAUAAGGAUUUUUUUUAAACCUGAGUUUUACUUCCGAUAAAGCUACGAAAAUAUAUACAAAUAUAUUAUAUACAAAGUGUAUAUAAGUCAAAUGGAUUUAAAUCUAUACUAGACAUUUAAUCUUUCAUAUACUUAGUUAUGUUCAAAGAAACAAAAAAUAGGGGAAUACUGUCAGUUUGGU